AUGUCAGAAAUCACCCGGGUCUUGCACCAGCAGGACUUCAGAAAAUACAAAACCGUUAGGAAAGAGCUGCUGCGGUUCUUGGCAGAACGCGGGAUCGUCAACGUACAAAACGACGCGUGGGUAUUGCUUUUGUGUCAGAACCGGCAUUCCAACGGCGUGAACCUUUUUUUGCCGCUGAUGGUCGCGGAGAAGACCGAGGUCGUGGUUACGGAAGAAACUACUGAAGAACAAGAACCGCGGCUUCUAACCGCGUACCGCACAGCGUACCGCGCAGCGUACCACUUCAAGCACCACGAAGAAUUUCCGGUUCUGCUGUCCAAUUCGAGCGUGUCAAGCCAAAUGCGUGUGGGUACUGUGUAUUUCUGGGAUCUUACCGUGUCUGUGUUUGACUACCUUAGCGCUUUGAAUCGCCCGCUCGGCGACUACUCGCAUCUCACGGACUCUCAGCGGCAGAAAAAAUUCAACGGCGAAAAGGCACGGAUAGCCGCCAAGGACUAUCUCAACAACUCAUCUCGCACGUCCAAGUCCAUCAUCGCCAGCCGGUACGGCGUGUCCCUCUCGACGCUGACGGACGCGGUCAGACGGCUACAGCGCGAUCACGAGACCAGCGAGGGCCAGAGCGGGCUCUUGAUGAAUUACAGGACGACGUCGGACUCGGAGUCCCGCAAGCGAGUCGCAAGUGUAGCGCUACUAAAUGUGCUGAAUUCGUCUGUGUCGCCAUCCAAGCGGUGCCGCUUGAUCCCCGAAGUGUGCUUCAAGUACAACAUCCCAGAGCGGACCCUACGGGACCGUCUCCGGGCCGUGAACCCAGCGAUAUCCAAGGCUGCAGAGGGCAUUCGGCGACGGAAACUCAGUCCCUCCGCGGAACAAUUCCUCACGACUUUCUACGCGAUGUGUGGCGCGCAAAACACGCACAUUAGCGUCAAACAGGCAGACGCCAUUUGCGAGCUUCUGGCCACCACUACGGACUACCAGGAAUCGGAUAUUUUCGACUUUACGCCCGACGCCAGCGGCCACGUCAACCUCUCCAAUCUGCUCAAGGAGCAGGAGCUCAAGCUCGGCAAGAAUUUCGGUUGGCGGUUCCGGUACAGAAAUGGGUUCGCAUCCACGAAGGCCAAGAAGAUGGACGCCAGAAGACUGAAGGCAUCCAACGUCGACAACAUCGCGAUGUGGCUCAGCGACGAUGCCUACUCGAUCCUGAGCUCGACCCCACCGGAACUUAUUUUCAAUGCUGACGAGAUCGGCUUCUCGCACACCAUUGACAAUUCUCAGAAGCAUUCGCGCUUCGUAUCGGUGGGCGUGCCCCAAGGUACGCGCAGAAAUGUGGUCUAUAAGGUGAAAGAGACCGAGGACGACACCAAGGCACUCACAACCGUUACCGCUUGUGUCUCGGCGGCUGGCGUCGUUAUCGCACCCAUGGUUACCGUCGCGACGUCAACCAUCAAAGACCGGCUCGCUUGCAGUCACUUCAACAUGAGAUUCGAAAACCUUGCCAAACCGAAAUUACACCAAGACGCGCACAAGAAUGUCCAUGUCGUGUUCACGAAAAACGGGUACAAUAACUCUAGCGCGUUCAUUGAAUACGUCAAAUGGUUUGACCAAAAUACGCAGCACCUAGUGCAGUCGUCGAACGGGCUUCGCCAUCAGAAAAGAGUUCUCAUUAUAGACAAUCACUACUCCCAUUAUUGUAAACCGGUAUUGGACUUUGUCGCCAGCAAAAACAUUGUUUUACUUCUGCUCCCACCAAACACAACCCAUUUACUACAGCCGCUCGACGUCGGAGUAUUCAGUGUCUUGAAAAAGAGGGUACGGAAUCUGGCAACCGAAUGGUGUCCUUCACCAGAAACAACCGAAGACGGUAAAUUGCGCUAUGGCCACUUUGAUAUAUUAUGCAAUUUCAUUAAUGCAUUAUAUCACGUUUUAAAAAAUGGUUUGAGCGGCAAUGAAAUAUGCUUAGCGUUCAAAAAUUCUGGAAUUUGUCCGCCUACCGAAGCUUUAUUCAACCCCGCCAUAAGAAAUGUGGUGAAACACUUCGACUCGCAUGCUAGACUUAAAACCAUUUUCCUGCAUAACAUCUUGCCACUUGUCGAGUGCACUCGAUCAAGCGAGAGGAGAAAUCUAGCCCCAGGGCUCGACGAAACUAUCCCUGCUAGUCCCAUUGUUCCUCUCGUAAACGAGAGUGGAUUUGUCAUAGGCGAAGAAGGAAUCGAAAGCUUGGAUUUCCUAAGAGUCGACCCCGAGUCUGUAUCCAACGCACAGGUAGAAGAGGCAACUGUUCAGCAGACUGACUCAAGUGAGACUGAAGAAAACAGGACUACUCCCCGGAACGAUUCGAUAAACUCACGCUUAGAUAAUGAGUUUGUCUCGAAUUUUACGUUCGAAGAUGUUUUGAAGAUGAUCACCGACCUCAUGAAAGCUCACAACUCGCAAGAAAACCUGUCAAUCAUUCCCAAACUCAUGAAUCGACUUGACAAAUGUUCGUCUCUUGCGUUCAACGGCGGUUCAAAUUUUACUAUCACCAGAGAGCUAUUCCUUGAGCAACAAACUAACGUCGUGGGCAUAGUUAUGUACCUGGUAUACUUUGGUGCAUGUUUUUUGGGCGUUAAGGAGCAAACUAAAAUUGAAGACAUGAUAGGCGAGAUUGAAGGACAAAACACAUCUUCUACCAAACCUUCGAAGGAGACUUCCAGAACUACGACAGGCAUUUUGAAAGAUCUUUCAAAGAAGAAUUUCUUCAAGCUUUUCCCUAAAAUAACCAGCGCUAGUGAUAGGGAUCUUGUGCGUAAGAUAGCUCUUGUUCAAAAUGAAACGACCAAUUCAGCGUCCAUGAGUCAAACGUUAAUAGACCACUUGGGAACUACAGUCUGGAGUUUUUUGCAAGGUAUGCUGAAAAACGAGCAAUCCGUGCUUUCGAUGCAGCCUGAGGAGCUCAAAGAAAGAAUAUUGAAAACGGUUUUGGAAUCUCCUGAGGCGCUGGCCAAGGCUGCUACAAUAAGAACGAUAUUCAGCCAAGACGGCACGAUGUCGCUGAGUAAGAACGAUGUGCCCAUAGUUUCCAAAAUCGAAAGCGUGAAUGCAGUGGCAGAGGAAAUGCUGGAUACAAGCCUGACCGAUGCUGAAUUUGGAGUACGCGUCAGUCGUCUGCGCGACUUGGCUGGGUUGGCGCUAGAGGAGCUGACGCAAGGCGAACAGGACUCCGAUUCUUCCCUGGAGGGCGACACCCUGACGGAAGAGACCAUUUUGGACGUGGAAGAUAGAAAUCAGAAGGUCUUUCAAAACUGGUUUUUCGUCCACCACGUUGAUGGCGUUGUUGCGCGCCUAAUUAGCGAUCGACAGAAUGCCAAUUUACGUAAGCAAGUCCAGGAAUACGAAGCUCGUAUCGAUACUAUGACAAAGGCUAUAGCAGAAAUGGCAGAAACCGCGCGUGCUUCGCAAAUUGACUCGUUCUGGGAUCCCCCGCCGUGCCCGGACUCUGAUUUCAGAGAGGUCUUCUUUGAGCACGCUGGUCUUGUAUGA